AUGCCUCUCCUCUUGCUGCUGCUCCUGCUGCCACGCCUGUCGUACCCCCAGGAGGUCUGCGAGGUCUCCCAGGUGACCACCCUGAUGGAAGUGAACUGUGACAACAGGGGCCUGAAGGUGCUGCCCGCGAAUCUGCCGGGCAACACGGCCAUCCUCCACCUGAGCGCGAACCCCCUGGGCGCCUUCUCCACAGCAUCUGUGCAGUCUCUGACCCGGCUGGCGCGGCUGUACCUGCGUCAGAGCCAGCUAACCAGCCUGCAGCUGGAGGGGACGCUGCCUCGGCUGGAGAAGCUGGUCGUGUCCCACAAUAAGCUGAAGAGCCUGCCCUUGCUGGGACAGGCACUGCCAGCCCUCGCCAUCCUGGACGUCUCCUUCAAUGAGCUGACCUCGCUGUCUCCCGGCACUCUGAGCGGCCUGGGUGGGCUCCGCGAGCUCUACCUGCGAGGAAACAAGCUCAAGACUGUGCCCCCGGGGCUCCUGCGGCCCGUGCCCCAGCUGGAGAAGCUCAGCCUGGCCGACAACAAGCUGAAUGAACUGCCCCUGGGGCUCCUGGACGGGUUGGGGACCCUGGACACCCUCUACCUCCAAGGGAACUGGCUGCGCUCCGUACCCAAGGGCUUCUUUGGGAAUGGCUUCCUGUCUUUCACUUUUCUCCACAACAACCCCUGGUCCUGUGACUGUGAGAUCCUCUAUUUUGCUCGCUGGCUGGACAGAAACUCUGACAAAGUCUACUUGUUCAAAGAGGGUGAAGACGCCAAGGCCAUGACUCCCGACGUGGCGAGCGUGCGAUGCGUCAACUUGGCCAACAUACCCGUCUACACCUACCCAGGGAAGGGUUGCCCCAGUCUUGGGGAUGAGGAUGACCUAAGCUAUGAUGACUACGAUAACGAGGAAGAGGUGGGAAAGGUCUCUGCCACGCGGGCUGUGGUCAAGUUCUCCACAAACACCAGAGCCCACACAACGCAGUGGGCCCCGCCGCACUCAGCAUCCGCGGCUCCCCCACACCGCCACGUGCCCCAUCCGCCUUCCACCCUCGUGUCUGUGAAGAACCAGAGCCUGUUCCCUACCGCGCCAGAGCCCAGGACGCCCAUCGCGCCCCACCCCCCACCCCCCACCCCCCUAAAGCCCACCAUGUCCCACCCCACACCCUCCACCAUGCCCCAGCCCAUGACCUCGACCACCCCAGGGCUCAUCACGACUUCUACCACGCCCCCGACCGCCCCAGAGCCUACCACGACCUCCACCAUGGCCCCCACCACCCCACAGCCCCCCAUCACAAUUCCAACCACCCCAGGGCUCAGCACAACUUCUACCACGCCCCCGACCGCCCCAGAGCCCACUACCCCCACCACCACCCCAGAGCCCAUGACGACUCUAAUUCUCUCUGAACUGACCACAUUCUUUGAGAUCCCAAAAUUAACCUCACUCCCUACCAUCUUGGGAUACCCAGUAAGCCCCUCAUCUGUCCACCUCCCAGGGGCCCACGAGGGGGUUCGAGGGAAUCUGGAGAGCUCCAGAAACGACCCUUUGCUCAACCCUGACUUCUGCUGUCUCCUCCCCCUGGCCUUCUAUGUGCUGGGUCUUCUCUGGCUUCUGUUUGCCUCUGUGGUCCUCAUCGCGCUGCUGGCCUGGGCCAGGCACGCAGAGUCACGGGGCCCAGCCACACACACGACACAUCUGGAGCUUCAGAGGGGAAAGCAAGUGACCAUGCCCCGGGCCUGGCUGCUUUUCUUUCAAGGGUCCCUCCCUACUUUCCGCUCCAGCCUCUUCCUGUGGGUACGGGCUAACGGCCGCGUGGGGCCUCUGUGGGCAGGACGACGGCCCUCGGCCCUUAGUCUGGGUCGGGGUCAGGACCUGCUAGGCACAGUGGGCACUAGGUACGCAGGCCACAGUCUCUGA